GUCUGUCACUAGGCCCCUCAGGAGGAAGGAGGGAAUCCGGCUCUGUGGCCAUCAGGUCCACUGUUCCCAGACCUCGCCUGCAGUGGUCAUGUGAGGGGAGUCUGGCCACACUGAGGGGACAGCAAUGUCAUGGGCUCCGGUUCCCUUCCUCCCCCAGAGCAGAGUAUUGUAGCAUUCCCUGGCCUGCUCAAGCCAGCACAGGUCCCAGCCUGGUGCAGGGCCUCUGCAGCCCUGGGCCGGGGCUGUGCUUUCUGUGGUCUCGGACCUCAGCCUUCUGCCUGUUGCUUCAGGUGCCUCCUGAGCCCAACUGUGAAAGAUGGUUCCUACCUACAUAAUAAGACACCAAAUUGCAACCUUGGAGCCAGCCAUUGUGGCCAUGUCUUUAAUUCCAGCAAUUGGAGGCAGAGGUAGGCCAGACAGAUCUCUGAGUUGGAGGCCGGCUUGGUCUACAGAGUGAGUUCCAGGACAGCCAGAAAAACAAGAAAAGAAAAAGUACAGCCCUGAAUACAUACAUCCAUGCAUGGGCUCCUAGCCAGCAGUGCCUUCCCAGGGUCCUGGCCUCAGACAGCGGCUCACGAGUCAGGUCCUGGUACAGAUCACCGUGCAGGCACUGAGGUGUGUGACCCCUGAAAGACCCUGCAAGGAGCUGUGUGCAGGUGCUUGUUGCUUCCUCUGCUUCCUGCUAGGGGUGGAGCCUGUGCACUUUGACCUUUGUUAGAGUGCAGGGCCAGCCCCCUCACCACUGGACCCGCUCAGAGUUCCUGUCAGCUGUUUACACCCUAUCCUGGGUUAGGCCUAGCACCUCAGUGGGGAGGGAUGUGUGCUUACUGGGAGCCAGGCCAGGAGUCCAGCCCCAGCUGUGAACCAGCCUCACGCCUCAGGAUGCUGACCCAGGUGUUCUUCAUAAGGGCAGGCUAGCCUGGGCUACACAGUAAGAACUUGUCUCCCUCCCCCCACCCCUGCAAGGUUGUUAGAGUGAGCCUUGAAGGAGCUAAUUUCCCUGGUGAGCCUGAGCUGCUUCCCUGCCUGAGCCCUCACCCUCCAACUCCCCUCCUGCCUUCCUGACUCUGAAGCCUGGUGGUCUGGCCUCGAGUGGCUGAGCGCCUUGGAUCUGUGGAGUGAUCAUUGUUGAUUAAAUUGGGAAGUCGAAGCCCCCGUCUGUGCAGCUUUCUUCCUCUGACUAUGGGGCCACACUUGGUCCCUUUGUGUGCCCUUCUCCCUUUUCUUUGUAAGAAAGGGUCCCUCUGUGUAGCUCUAGCUGUCCUGGAACUUGCUCUGCAUCCCUGGCUCCCCAGGACUCAGAGCUCUGCCUGCCUCUGUCUCCCGAGUGCUGGGAUGGGAGGUGUGCUCCUCUGCGCCUAGCCCUCCCCCACCCACCCCAUUCUUUAGAGUUUUGUUUUGCCUGUGUGUGUCGCUGCACUGUGCACUGUGUACGUGCCUGGGGAGGCUGGAAGAGGGCUCUGGGUCCCCUAGAAUUAAGUUAGGGACUGUUGUGAGCCCCCAUGUGUGUGCCGAGAACUGAGCGCUGAACUCCCCAGUCUCCCACACAUUUAAGAAAGUUUCAAUGUGUAUAUGUUGGGGAAUAGACAUGCCACACACACACACCUUGUGAGGGUCAGGAACAACUUUGGGGGUUCUCAUUUCUCUCCUUCCUGUGGAUUCUGGGAGCUUGAGCUGGGGCUGGCAGCUCGCAUCUGGUGCUGGCCUCUAAGAUGGAGACACGUGCAUCCUCGGGGCCAGCACGCCUGCCCACACUGACCUGCUGCUACACCUUCAGCCUGCGUGCUCUGACACGCCUCAGGUGCUGGGCGCGAGCAGAAGAGCAGGGUUGGAUCAGUGAGAAGCCCCGGGGAGAAGCCACGCAAGAGUGACCUGAGGUGGUUAAAGUUAGACAAAUGCAGACAUUAGCAGCUGCAGCUGAGGAGACUAGAGCUCCCUUGGGGAAGCCUGACCUCCAGCAUGAAGGAGACCUGAGCAGCCCUCCAGAUGAGAGCCGGCUCCACACAGUAUGCAGGCCCCGCUCCCUUGCAAGGGACGCCCCUUGGCUGCUCACCCAGAUCAUGAGGUGCCUGCAGGGUGAGAGGUAGAAACCAGACCUUGGCAACCUGGACUGUCACUGAGCCACCUCGUAGAAGACACUUCAUGACGCUUCACCUUACACAACCUGGCAUACCCUUGGUGGGUCACAGGAGAUGGGAGGCCAUCACUGUCAGACAGAGACAAGCCAGCUAGAAGUGGCCUCUGAACUCGGCCUGGUAUGAGAGCUGCGUGCUGAUGUCCUUGGCAGCUGGACAGUGAUGGAGACACCCAGGACAAGCAGGGAGUGAGCAUCCCUCCGGGGGGCUGGACACCACCCCAAAGGGCUACCUAGGCCUCAGGCAGACUGAGGGAGCUCUUCACAAGUUUGUGGCUCUGCUGCCCUGUGCAGGGCCUUUCCCUGAAGGCGUGGUGGGUGUAGCCCUUGGGUGUGGCCCUGGAGGUGGUCUUUGUGACUAGUGAUGCUGAGGUGAGCAUAGGGUGCUUAGGGGCUGUGCUGUGCUCAGACAGCAGAUGGGAGCCCUGCUAGGAGAACCUGACUGGGGCUGAGCCAGCUGCUGGAUUCACCAGGGUGGGGUUAGCAUGGGAACUGCGCACUCCAUCCCCUCAGCCAGCCAUCUUGGUAGAAAGAACCUGUAUACAAAUGAGUACGUGGCUAUCAAACUGGAGCCCAUCAAGUCCCGGGCCCCGCAGCUGCAUCUGGAGUACCGCUUCUACAAGCAGCUCAGCACCACAGAAGGUGUCCCUCAGGUCUACUACUUCGGCCCUUGCGGGAAGUACAACGCCAUGGUGCUGGAGCUGCUGGGGCCCAGCCUGGAGGACCUGUUCGACCUGUGCGACCGCACCUUCACGCUAAAGACGGUGCUGAUGAUCGCCAUCCAGCUGAUCACGCGCAUGGAGUAUGUGCAUACCAAGAGCCUCAUCUACCGCGACGUGAAGCCUGAGAACUUCCUGGUUGGGCGGCCGGGCAGCAAGCGGCAGCACUCCAUCCACAUCAUCGACUUUGGCCUGGCCAAGGAGUACAUCGACCCUGAGACCAAGAAGCACAUCCCGUACCGCGAGCACAAGAGCCUGACGGGCACGGCGCGCUACAUGAGCAUCAACACGCACCUGGGCAAGGAGCAGAGCCGCCGGGACGACCUGGAAGCGCUAGGGCACAUGUUCAUGUACUUCCUACGCGGCAGUCUGCCCUGGCAGGGGCUCAAGGCGGACACGCUGAAGGAACGCUACCAGAAGAUUGGUGAUACCAAGCGUGCCACGCCAAUCGAGGUGCUGUGUGAGAGCUUCCCGGAGGAGAUGGCCACCUACUUGCGCUAUGUGCGGCGCCUAGACUUCUUUGAGAAGCCAGACUACGACUACCUGAGGAAGCUCUUCACCGACCUCUUCGACCGCAGCGGCUACGUGUUUGACUACGAGUAUGACUGGGCCGGCAAGCCCCUGCCGACACCUAUCGGCACCGUCCAUCCUGAUGUGCCCUCCCAGCCGCCACAUCGUGACAAAGCUCAGCUCCACACCAAGAACCAGGCGCUGAACUCCACCAAUGGAGAGCUGAACACAGACGACCCCACCGCGGGCCACUCCAACGCCCCCAUCGCGGCCCCUGCAGAAGUAGAGGUGGCGGAUGAAACCAAGUGCUGCUGCUUCUUCAAGAGGAGGAAGAGAAAAUCGCUGCAGCGACAUAAGUGAGGGUGGGUGCAGCCGCUGCCCAAGAUCCCCAAGCGGGUGUCUAGGAAGCUGGUAGUGUCCUCAGUGGCGUGGGGCUCCUUGGCCCACCUGCAGGCACCGUCUUUCAGGACUUGGGGUCACUUCCUUCACACAGGACUUUGGCGGAAAUCUCUACACCCGUGUCUCGUCAUCCCCUUCGAGAGCAUUAACUAUUUAAAACCAGGAGAGAAGCGCUGCGCCGUCCCUGCUGCGCCCCUGUUAGCUCAUAAAGUCCAGCUUGUCCCCUCAAUCCAAAGGCCAUUUUCUCGAGGGGGGGCAGGCCCGGGCAUGGGCAUCACACGGGGAGGCCUCAGCCACCAAAGGGGAGGCAAGUGCACUACCACAAUGCUGCACCAAAGCCGGGGCGGAGCGUGGGAUGGUCACUGCACAGGGACUGGUAUGGGCCCUACAGAGCCAGGGCGGCCGUGACCCGUGUCCCUGCGUGCAGGGCCCAUGGGACAGAAUCGCCUUAACGCCUGGCCCGGGGCCGCAGAGAGGCGGUCCCACGGGAGGGCCAGGCCUUGGUCGCGGGAGCUGAGUUCUUGCUUUACGUCGUGUACAGAAAUGAACUUAUGUUUCUCUGGCGCUUCCUUGAAGCCGUAGAGUUUAGGGGCUUUUUUUAAAAAAAAAGAAUAAAAGAAAAUAAAACCCUC